UGGACCGUAGGGGAAGUUAAUAAAUAAACGCCUCUGCCUGCAGGGUACAGCCAAGGAAAUUCUAAAGCACGAAUUAUAGCAGUUACUCUUCAGGUUUCAGCGAACAAGCACCAUUUUGAUAACUAUAAGAUAGAGGUAAGUCUAAACAAGCCUGAACAAAGGUGUUUUAAAGCAGCAUAUGCUUACAGAAAUGAGGAAUACCUAAGUUCUGCGUCAGAAAUGAAUUCAUGCUUGAGUGAAGUGAGUCGUGAUAAUCUCUUAGUGAAAAGUCAAAAUGUAGGAUCAUAUUUGCCUGACAUUAAUGUUAUCUUCUGAACAGUUUUCCUACACUUUUAAAAACACACAUAGUAAGUUAAGCAACUCGGGCGUAAAAGCUCAUGCAAAAGGAGAACAAGAAAGAAUCGAUCGCUCGAAUAAAAGGAGCAGGUGUUUUAACUUUGUGGCAAUUUCAGUAAUUUUUAUGAAAAUGUUUUUACUCAGUUCAUGUGCCUCUACUUUCACUUUUAAAUUGUGAUUAAAAUUUCAGAUUACAUUGUCUCAUUUUGGGAAUUAAAGUAAUCCUUGAAUUUUUUUUUCUUGACUGCACUGAGACUGAGCCAAAAUAAACAGCUCUCUUGUGACGCUAACCAGCUUGAAAUGGAAAUAUGGUCUACCUGCCUUUGCCACUGCAUAAUCCCAUUGUUCAUAGUUGCUGGAUUCAUUAUUCCAUUCAUCACGGGCUCUUGCGUUAGCGGCAAAUGUCUCGUUUCAUUUCACUUCACUAUUGGAAGGAAUGCGGUGGAUGGCCACGCCCUGCUUGGUCACGUGUUUGCAAAUGUCUCAGUGACAGAAGUGAUGGACUGUCACAGAGCAUGUCAAUCAAACUGCCGUUGUCUCUCGUUCAAUUUCCUGACACACUCCAGCCAGGACAACUGUCAGCUGAAUGAAGAAAACCGACAUCUAAAACCUGGUGCUUUGACUCCAAUGGAAGGCUUUCAGUACUACGAUCUGGGUAUCAUCUACAAUUCUGAGGCCUGUAGCCAGUGUUAUAACAGAUGUUGCAGGGUUCAGCCAUGUCUCAAUGGAGGAAUAUGUCAGGAAAAUUGUGACGUGACUGGAAGGCGAUUCUUGUGUCAUUGUCCNGAAGUUUUAUGGCAGUUGUUUAGUCUCGUCAUCGUACUUUCAAACAAGCGUCCCCGUGUCUCCGUAGUCUGCGACUUUACCAUUCCUAAUGAAUGA